GAUAUAUAAAAGGCCCGACCACAGAAGUCAGCACCAAAAUUCCUCCAAGCAACACAACUCUCAGCCCAGCUCCUGACACCAUGUGCUGUUCCACGAGCUUCUGUGGAUUUCCCAUCUGCUCCACCGGUGGGACCUGUGGCUCCAGCUGCUGCCAGCCAAGCUGCUCCCAGACUAGCUGCUGCCAGCCACCCUGCGUCCAGACCAGUUGCUGCCAGCCACCCUGCGUCCAGACCAGCUGCUGCCAGCCACCCUGCGUCCAGACCAGCUGCUGCCAGCCAACCUGUGUCCAGACCAGCUGCUGCCAGACCAGUGGCUGUGAGAUCGGCAGUGGCAUUGGCAGUGGCAUUGGCGGUGGCCAGGAGGGUAGCAGUGGAGCUCGGAGCUACCGCACCAGGUGGUGCCGCCCUGACUGCCGCGUGGAGGGCACCGUCCUGCCACCUUGCUGCGUGGUGAGCUGCACGCCCCCCACCUGCUGCCAGCUGCACCACGCCCAGGCGUCCUGCUGCCGCCCCUCCUACUGUGGGCAGUCCUGCUGCCUGCCAGCCUGCUGCUGCCAGUGCUCUGAGCCCACCUGCUGUGAGCCCACCUGCUGUGAACCCACCUGCUAAAAACCAGGUUGCUCAUUUUCAGUUGCCCAGGAUGCAGUAUCUCUGAACAAUUUAUCCCCUUAACCACCUAAGGAACACUAACAAAUUCUUAGACUUCCGUUUUGGUUUUUGAGUUCUCUUUGAUUCCACUCUGCAAUGAAUAUCUUGACUUUCCACUGUGGACACAGAAAUGCUGCAGACUCACCUGCUGACCAGUAAAUUGCUUUGGAUAUACUAUUUCUGAUUUUCAUGCAAGGUUGAAAAUUACCAACAUAUUAUGGAACUUAUCUUUAUGAACUGUCCGCAGCCUCUUUUUCCAUGCUUCACGAUCUAGUUUUAGCUUCUGUUGACCUGAAAAGUUUUCCAGCAUCCAAGCCACCAGAGUAUAGCCAAGUGUGAAGAUGUCACCAGCAAGAAUGGAAGCUCUUCACCCAACACUCAGCCUCUAAGACGGAACCUAGACUUUUCGAUAUUUCACCACCUGAUUCCAGGUCCCUUUUUUGGGUGGGGGUGGUGGCAUAAUGAUCCUGCCUGUUGGCUAUUUCAAUUAUAAUCUGUGACACAGUGUCUUCUGUCAUUUCUUAAUAAAUGGUCUAUACUGGGCAAAAAAA